AAACAGGUUAGCCUGCAUUGAGCAGGUUGAGCCCGCGUUUUCUGUUUGUAAUGGUUGUAACACUGCCUGGUGAGUGACCGACCGGUGGUGGUGUGUACUUCGCGGGUUAGUAGUGUUGUUUAUUUUUUACGAGAAGUGUAAUUUAUUGAAUAAAAAUGCCUCCGAAGAAGCGUGAUAAGGACACUGAAACUACAAAAAACCCUAGGAUGGACCAAAUUCAAGCUGAUCACGAAUUGUUCUUGCAAGCUUUCGAAAAUAGCAUCGAGCUCAUUGUCAAUGCAUUUGAACACGAUAUAUCAGGAAUGAAAAGCGAAAAUGGUAAUGCAAGUGCAAACCACACGCAGUUGGAAGGUAUCUGA